UCGCUCAACUCCCUCACUCUUACAACUCUCUAACAUCACUGUCUUCUUCUUUCUACCACUGUACACUAAACACUCUAUCUCUAAAACAGAACAGCCACAAUGCGGCUUCCUACGGUGCUCUCUCUGCUACUGCUGCUCUCCUCCGCCACCACCUUCACUAACGCACACAACGUUACGCGCCUGCUUGCCAAGCACCCAUCUUUAUCCACUUUCAACCACUACCUAACCAUUACCCACCUGGCCGGCGAGAUCAACCGCCGUACAACCAUCACUGUCUGUGCCGUAGACAACGCAGCCAUGUCAGAGCUUCUCUCCAAACACCCUUCCAUUUACACCAUCAAGAACAUUCUCUCCCUCCAUGUUCUUUUAGACUACUUUGGCGCCAAAAAGCUCCAUCAGAUAACCAACGGCACAGCACUGGCAGCCACCAUGUUUCAGGCCACGGGAUCUGCCCCGGGAUCAUCUGGGUUUGUUAACAUCACUGACAUUAAGGGAGGGAAGGUGGCAUUCGGGCCGGAGGAUAACGAUGGGAAACUCGGUGUGUACUUUGUGAAAUCUGUAGAGGAAGUUCCUUAUAACAUUUCGAUUAUACAGAUCAGCAAGAUUUUGCCGUCCGACGUGGCGGAGGCUCCAACACCGGAACCAAGCCAGAUGAACUUGACUGACAUAAUGUCGGCUCAUGGGUGUAAAGUUUUCGCCGAUACUCUGUUGGCAAAUCCUGAAGCUGCAAAAACAUAUCAGGACAAUGUUGAUGGAGGAUUGACAGUGUUUUGCCCUCUUGAUGAUCCAUUCAAAGCCUUUUUACCUAAAUUCAAGAACUUAACAGCAGCAGGCAAGACAUCAUUCCUCGAAUUCUUUGGUGUGCCUAUCUAUCAAUCGUUAUCGAUGUUAAAAUCCAACAAUGGUCUAAUGAACACUCUAGCCACUGAUGGGGCAAGCAAGUUUGAUUUUACUGUGCAAAAUGAUGGCGAGGAAGUGACCUUGAAGACAAAAAGUACCACAGCAAAAAUAGUUGGGACUUUGAUAGAUGAGCAGCCGCUUGCUAUAUAUACAAUCAACAAGGUCUUGUUGCCUAAGGAGCUGUUCAAGGCAGAAGCACCAACCCCUGCUCCAGCUCCCGCCCCUGAGGAAGCAGCAGAUGCACCAAAAUCUAGCAAGGACUUGACUUCAGCUCCAUCAGACUCACCGGCAGAUGCACCGGCUGAUGACGACGCAGCAGAUGACACAGCUGAUGGUAAUUCUGGUGUGAGAUUUAAUGGAGGAAGACUUGUUGCCAUGACUUUAAGUUUGUGUUUAGGGCUUUUGAUGCUAUAAGUUCUCUUUGAUUUUCCUUUUUACCUAGUUUGUGGGGAAUAAGUGAGGCUCUUAAUGGGCUAAUUUAUUACUCAUUGAGAAUGUGCUUAAUUUUUUUUCUUUCUUUAUUAUUUUUAGGGUGUGGUAUUUUUAUUUUCCUUUGUAUUACACAGGAUUUCAGAGGGUUGUGAUUUGUAUUUUGUCUUAGAUGCUGUAGAUCUAUUAAUGAUACACACUGUUAUUGUCACUAAUGAGGAAGAUUUUGGCAUAGUAAUAUAAAACUAUUUGUGUGCAA